AUGGACGAUUCGAGUGGUUGUCCGCGCAUGAGUGAAGACCUAGCAUUGGAGCUUCUUCGAGACAUUGAGAGUGGAUAUCACGAAGCAUUAGCCACCUCGGUAAGAGCGAUCCAGAUUGCGCAUGAGUAUUCGAGUACUGAAGAACGUCACCUUGUGAAGUUUUUGGUUGAGGCCAUUCGGAUGGAUCAAGAUGAUCACCUCAUGAGCCCUUCCACUCAGAGACUGUUGCUUGAGCUGGCGGUUGAUGGAAAGAUUGCUGUGAUUCUGGUUGAUAACAGGUUGACUCUGUUGAUUGGCCUCAGCACAUUCGAUGAUGUCUCGCAUAAGCGUCGGUAUGCACUGGUAGGUGUCCUCGUGGUCCCUGUCGAUGCGCAGGGUAAACCAGUUUUGGGUGAAGACCAAGAGCAGGCUUCGGGUGAGGAUAAGGAUGCUUGCGUGCGGGAUGUUGAUCCUGACUUCGAGGAGCUUCAGAAGGACGUUGAUGAGUGGUUCGGUGCUCUUGCGGAUGAUGCUUCCGAAGUCUAUGAGGGUCCUGAGGCCCUUUGGGAAGGCGAAAACUUGGAAGCUGAGGUCCCGCUGGAAGGUGAACGAUUGGACGCUCCAGAGGUUGGAGGUCCUGAGGAUGCGUGGGCUAAGCAGCAAUCCGAUUAUGAAAAGGAGGCUGAGGGCAUGGCGUGGAGAGAAGUUGUUUUUGUGGAGCUGUUGGAUCGUAAGACCCCGCAAAGCGUGUGCUUGGCGGUUGGCCGUAUUCAUGCUCAACUUGUGGAGCUUGGCUUUCCAUUAGCUCGCAUUCAUGCUGACGCUGGUACUGAGUUUACUGAUGAGCGUCUGCGGGAGUAUGCUGCGUCUCGCGGUAUCCUCCUUACACUCGCCCCUCCCACCGAGCAUGACAGUAACGGUAGAGUUGAGAACGUCGUCAAAAGACUCAAAGUCCAAGUACGAGUGUAUUUGCAGCUGGUGGGUAAUGAUACAUCUAAGUGGGCCCUGGCCUUUCGUGCGGCGGCCGCCACAUGGCGAGCCGAUACCUUGAGGAAGUUUGGUAUGGCGGUUAAACCGAUAGUGCCGUUCGGCACCCGGACCCAGGUUUUGGUUCGACACUGGCUCAGGCGUCGGCAUCGAGAAUGGCAUAUGCGUGCUACUCCGGCUGUCGUUUUGGCACCGGCCACGUAUGUGAGACAAGGCUAUGUCGUCAAAGUAGGCAACAAGCUUUCUGUCGUUAGUAAACUUCACUUUGGCGAAGAAUCGGAUCUGCAACUUUUCGUUGGCAAGGGCUUACCUCCGAUUGCCGAGCCCGGGGCCGUGAGACGGCGCAUGCGUGGCAAGGUAACUCCCUCUCCUGCAUUUCGGAUUUGGGGUAAGCGGUCUUUGCGAGCUUUGCGCGAGAGACCGGGGCCAGGGAUUGAUGAGGAUGCUCAGGCGGCCCGGUUGGCAGAACAGGUUCCUUUUGAUUGUCAAGCCGCUAUGGAUUUCGUGCUGGGGUCCGAGUUUGUACAUAGGUCGUCUCACCAGGCUCCUACUCGCUGUUUGGGGGGAGUUCAUUACCUCUUUGGAGCUUGUCGUCAUGGUGGUGUGGUGUCUAUGACCCGUCUCACCAAAUCCCAUCCAGGCUUUGCCACGCUGCUAAGUCGUGUACUCCAUGAACGCCUGCCGGAUCUUACUUUCACAACGGUGAGCUUGUCAGUUGACGCUCAGGCCGUGGUGCACAAGGACACGUCGAACGAUUAUGAGUCGCGUUCCGGUUUGGUGCCUUUGCAGGUUCCGGAGCGCGGAGGGCGCUUGUGGACUGCACUUGAGGUUGGUGAGGUUGUUUCGGGCGAGAUUCAGGUCGUGCGACAUAAAGGCCGUGAAGUGGUCGGCCAGCUGCAUCCCUGGUCUGCGGUCUCGGACAUGAGUUUGGCUGUGCGUGAUAAGGGUGCGGUGGAUCUUGGCUUGACCUUGGAUGAUAACUUGGUUGAAGCGUCGUGCCCCAUGGAUGAGGCUACCUUGAGUUGUCUUGGUGACCAAACUUCUGCUCAAGUGGAUGGCACUGGGAGUCAUGUUGAUGGUCCUUGCGCUUGGUUGCUGAGUGGUGAAACUUUUGAUGCAGCUGACCGUCAGGAUCAAGAGGAUGAUGCUGCUAGCGUGUGUAGUUGGCAUACCGCGUCUGAAGGUGAAGUUGAGCAAGCUCCAUGGGACUUGUCAGAGCUGACGGCUCACAUUGAGGAGCUUGAUCGUGCUCAGUUGAGGUUGAGCGGGUUCGCUGAGGACCGUUUGGCGCGUUGGCUUGAGCAUGCAGGUGGGAGUGAGGCCGUUGCUACUUUAGGCGAUACGGACUUGGCUGAGGUCCAAGGGGCAUGGGAUAGAGUCCACGAGCUUCGCGAGGAACUGAAAGCUCUAACUGCGGUUGAGGUGUCCACGCGUGCGUCUGAGGAUGAUGGUACAGACACGGUGCUGCAGACCCGAACUGUAUCUCUGCCGGAGGUCCUGGCGAACUGGGAAGUUUGGGAGCAUCCUGCAAACAAGGAGAUUUCGGCCUUGGUGGAUGAGAAGCGCGCCUUGAUUCCAGUUGAUUGGAAACAAGUGCAGCGGUGGAAAGACUCUGGAAAACGAGUAAUCACCAUCCCUGCUAAGGCUGUGUGGACAAUUAAGGCUCCGGAUGGUCGGCAUAAAUGUCGAAUAGUGGCGUGUGGAAACAUGGCACCCUCGAAGGAUGAAAGUCGGCAGGAUCACAAGGAUGCUGUGUUUGCCUCUUCCCUUGAUGUCACACACCUUCGAUGUGCCUUGGCAGUAGCUGCGAGACGUUCCUAUGAGAUAGCCAUCACUGACAUUAGGACCGCAUUUCUUAAUGCGGAGCUUUUACCGAGGGCGAGGGCCAAGGCGGAGCAAGCCGCUGCGGCGGCUGCGCAGGGAGAGAGCGUACCAAUCGAUGAAAUCGUGAUCUUAAUCCCUCCGCGUUGUUUGGUGCAGCGGGGCUUAGUCGGCAAAAACACCCUUUGGCAGGUGGCCAAGGCGAUUUACGGACUUGACACUAGUCCUAGAGACUGGAGCCUGAGUCGAGAUUUCUCGCUGAGGCGGGUAGUCGUGAAGUAUAAAGAUCAGGAGCUCAGAUUGUUUCAAUCGUUUGCGGACCCCAAUCUCUGGCUUAUCGCCGAGAGCGAACCGGAGUCGUACAUUAAAGACCUUGCGGAUCGGUACUCCCAUGAGCUUCAGAAGGUUAAGCAUUGCGGGACCCCGUUGGGACCAGGGGUAAUGGAGCCGGAAGCAGUGGAGAACAUUGACAGCAGUGUACUUCGUAAGUGUCAGCGUUUGAUUGGCGAAAUCCUGUGGGUCAGUGUGCGUACGCGUCCAGAUGUGUCGUUUUCGAUAUCCAAACUUGCGCAGUGGAUGAAUCGUGACCCGUCCAGAACUUACCAACUGGGGUUGCAUGUGCUUGCUUACCUGGUUGAUUCUGCGAAUGUUGGAUUGGUGUACUUGUGUUCUGAUCCGAGCGGCCCAAGACCGGGACGAAAGGAGGUUGGAUGUAACAACCUGCUGGAAGUGCUCACGGACAGUUCAUUUGCACCGGAUGCUCAUGUCUACCUCUUGGCGGAAUUGGCCCAGAAAGCGCCGCGCGUCCACAUCUACAAUGAUAAUCAAGCAGCCGUAUCUGUCUUCGUAGGGCAAAACUCCCAUUGGAGAACGAGGUCGUUGAGAAUCAAAGCUCGCACGAUGCGCGAGCGGUGGGAAAUGGGGUUUUACAUGAUUAGCCACAUUGAGGGGUUGCAGAACGGAGCUGAUUUAGGUACCAAGCCUUUGGGAGCUCAACGCGUAAAGUAUCUGUGCAGUCUGAUCGGAGUUCAAGAGAUAGGAAACACUUCAGUCCACAACCCGAAGGAGAGCCAGGGUCUGUCGAAGGCCACGUUGAAGUGUUUGCAGGUUGUGCUUUUGGCAUGUAUGGUUUGCCAAGCUGAAGGACACCGGUCCACUGAGGUUGAUGAUGACGGAAUCGAAUGGAUGUUCUGGAUAGGGGUCGUAGUUACGGUCGUGUGCUGUUGGGAAGGGCUGAAGUUUGGGAUUAGGACUCUUUCGGCGGUUCUAGCUCGGCUGCGAAGGCCGGAUUUACAAGAGCCUUUACCUGAGGACCAUGUAGAAGCACUGCAGAUGCAGACAGAGCUCAGAGAGGAGAGAGAGAGUCGUUUGAGAGCUAGGCGUCGAGGACUACCAGUUCAAACCACUGAGCCGGAACUUGAACCGGCAUCUCAGCAGGUGCCCACUCGAGUGAUCAGGUAUUUGGACGAUGCUGUUGAAAUCCCUGUAAGUCCUUCGGACGACCGCCCUGCCCCACACGUGCGAGUGUUGAGUUUCGAAGAGGCUAGACAACAGGCGAUUAGGGCUAAUAAUCCUCAGUUUUUUGGGACCCAAGGCCCAAGGGCGGGUGUCGUUGGCCUUCAUCCCGAUCGUAUGGUUGCUCCUGCAAUCACGGAAGAUUGGCAAGUGCCGGUUAGGGUUCCUUUACGGGACAUCGAUCAGCAGCGGUCGGUCUGGGGAAGCAGGCUCUCGGCAGCAGGACCUGGACAGGAUGACUUCCUGCAUCAGCACCGGCGGUAUUGA